GACAAGAGAGGAACCUAAACAAGACGCCGAAAGGUGAUCAAACCAGGAGGAAGAAAAAGCCAGAACCAAACAAACUGCUACACAUCUUCCACCUCCAUCCGCCCCCAAAUUCCGGCCGUCCUAAACCCCCACCCCCACCUCCUCCUCCUCGCCGCGGCCCCAAUUCCCCCUUCCCCAUCAUCCCGAUGGCUCCGAUCUAAGCAUGUCCGCCGCGUUCGCCUGCCUCCGCCGCCCCUCCAAGCGCCGCCGCGACGCGCCCGAUCAUGCCCUCCCGUCCUCCAAGCAGCCACUGAUGGCGCACUCCGACGACAGCGCCGCCGAGUCGUCCUCAUCGGCUUCGGCCUCCGCUUUGGGGGGCGAUGGUACCGCCGCCGCCGCUUCCUCCUCGUCGUCGUCUCCCGCGUCGCCGCGGACGGUACACUUCUUCGUGCGCGCCACGGACUCGAGGACCAUCUCGAUGCACGCGGGGUGGGACGACACGGUCGGGGCCGUGCUCGACCACCUCGCCGCCUGCGGAUACGGCCGCGACAUGCGGCUCCUCUACGCGGGGCGGCAGCUGCUGUCGGAGACCACCCUCGCGGCGCUUCGCCUCCCGCCGGACUCCACUCUGCACCUCGCGGCCCGCCUCCGCUCCACUCAGCAUCCCCGCGCGUGGCAGCUCGCGUCCCACAUCGCUGCCACUGCCGCCGCCGCGUAUUCCGAGGCAGCCACGACCGUCUCCGCCACCUGUUCCCUCGACGAGUUUGUCAAGGAGUUCAUCCUCUGCGCUCACGGCGCCAACCUGGGGUUUUCUUGCCACGAUCGCGGUGCUGUGGGCGACGCCCGGGCCACGGGGGACCACGCGGCGGAGUACCUCGACAUCUUCCUCCAAGCGGGCGCCGCCUUAGCGCUGGUUCGCCUCUACCUCUCAAAGUCCUUCUUCUUUCGCUCCUACGCCGAGCGUGCCAUCAAACGCUUUCUUGCCACGGACCCUUCGUCCCUACCGACGGACGUGCUGCUCGUGUCGGCGCCAGUACUGCUUGAAUUCUGCCGCUUGCUUUCCUUGGCUGCGGGCAAGAAGAAUUUACUCUAUAAAGCAUGCCGUCGUGCACUUGCAUCAGUACUCUGCUCUUGCACCUGGCUCCCCCCUUCCAUGAACUCGCCGACCAGGUUGAUCGAUCAUGUCCUCCCGUUUGCCCGUGAAACAGUGGAAGUGGUCCUGGACGGACUUGCAUCGGUGUCCAUGAUGGUCUCUCCUAGUGACCUUGAAGAGUUCUCAAACUUCUUCAAAGUGCUGUGUUCGCAGGCACGCCUUGGGAUCGCCAAUGAGGGACCAAUGCCCAAGAAUCUGUACAACAGGGAGUUUGAGCAUGGUGACACAUGGAUAUGGAGGUUGCACAAUAUGUUGAUGAACAUGUUGAAAAGGGUGGAUGAGUGCUUGAAGCGGUUGGAGAUGGAUCUGUCGUUGUCAUCGGAGAGUAUAGGAGUAAUGGAAAGUCAAACCUUGUGGGCCGACCGAUCACAUAUCCUGUCUGUGUUGAGAGAGCUGGAUUUCAUCUCAGCGAUUUAUGAGGAUGUGGCAAACAACCUACAACUUGUGUUGCUGGCACACAAAGCACCGCUCAAUGCCCUCGUCUGCUGCUCCAAGAGAAAUUUGCAUCUCCACUGGCUCGUGAAGCAUAAGAAUCUCCUUUGCUUCGAGGCAAGAAGGAAUUUAGUCCUCAUGAUGCUUCCUGAGUGGAAGGAUGACUUUGGGGGGCUGCAUGAGAUGUUGAUCGAUCGAUCGCAUUUACUUGAUGAGUCCUUUGAGUACAUCACACAGGCAAAGUGCAGUGAGCUCCGCAGUGGGCUGUUUAUGGAGUUUAAGAAUGAGGAAGCUACAGGCCCUGGGGUUCUGAGGGAAUGGUUUUGCUUGGUGUGCCAAGCUCUUUUCAGUCCGAAUCAAGUUCUCUUCUCACCUUGUCCUGAGGAUAAACGAAGGUUCUACUUGAAUGAAACAUCUGCCGUGGAUCCACUGCAUCUGAAAUACUUCAUUUUUGCGGGACGAAUAAUUGGAUUAGCCUUGAUGCAUAAAGUGCAAGCCGGAGUCGUGCUCGAUCGUACUUUAUUCUUGCAUCUUGCUGGAAGAAGUAUUACAUUGGAAGAUAUUGCUGUUGCAGAUCCUGUCAAAUAUGCAAGCUGUAAAAGGAUUCUAGAGAUGAAUGCUGCUGAAAUUGAUGAUCUAUACCUAACAUUUUCCCGAGCAGAUCACCAAUUAGGGUCUCAAAGAAUUAUUGAUCUUUGCCCAGGAGGGCAGGAUAUCAGUGUGAAUAUCAGGAACAGAGAGCAUUACAUUGAUCUUCUUAUUAAGAAUACCUUUGUGGACUCUAUUUCAGCACAGCUAACCCAUUUCACUGAAGGAUUUAGUGACAUACUAGUUAAUCCAGAACGCCAGAAAGAUUUUUUUGAGUAUUUGGAUCUAGAAGACUUAGACCAACUGCUAGGGGGAAGCAACAACGCAAUAAAUCUGCAAGAUUGGAUAUCACAUACUCAAUAUAAUGGCUACAAAGAAAAGGAUCACCAGAUUAUCUGGUUCUGGAAGGUUGUCGAGCACAUGCCAAUUGAGCAACAGAGGCAACUCCUCUUCUUCUGGACUUCAGUGAAGUAUUUACCAUCAGAUGGCUUUUGUGGGCUGAGCUCAAAAUUGUACAUAUACAAGACAUCUGAUUCACCCGACCGUCUACCAUCAUCGCAGACCUGCUUCUACCGUCUUUGCCUCCCUCCUUAUGCAUCCUUAAAAGUGAUGGAAAACCAGCUGCAAAAGAUCACACAAGAGCAUGUGAGCUGCAGCUUCGGUACAUGGUAGUUGCUGUCCUUAUGUAGCCCAAAUUCGUAUAUUUUGUACAUAUCGUAGUUAGUGACAUCCUAGUAUCCUACUAUCUCAUUGAAUAUGUUACUAGAGCUUUAAGGUAAUAGGCUGUCUUAGUUUGUUUUGCAUUUAUGGCAAAUUGGUGCUCUGAGCCAUUUAAUCUAAUGUAGGUGGCAUUGGUAGAAAGCAGGCUCCUUUCCCUUCCUCAUUUGCCGUUUUCUUUUUCUUUUUUUAUUACUAAAGAGGUGAAAUGGGCCCAAUGUGAUCCUGUGUGGUCAAGCUGGUACCAAUGUAACAACAGAUGCAUGUAGCAGCAUUGUACUGACUAAGCCCCGGCUACCAGUGAACGGCUGAACCCCAUGCCAAUACAGGUCAUUGCAAUGGCUUGUCGCUCUGCCGUUUGGAGUUUGGAACUUGGAAGCUGCCGAUGAGGUGUAUUUUGGAAGGAAGUUGACUACGGGUAAUUCCUUUUGGCCAGUUUUCAAUUUCUUGUAGCAGUAAUCCGCCAGUUUUCAGGUAAUUCCUGGGCUUGUUUUGCUCGUAAUUGAUGUUCAUUACCGGCAGAGAUUUGCUGAGAAAUGGCCUAGCACUGGGUUCUUCAGCCAUAACCAUACCCAGCGCUUUGGUAUCUGAAAUUCUGGAUCACAACCAUUUUUUGGGUAUGGGAAUCGUAAAUGUAUGCGUAU